AUGAGUGAUCACCGAAUGAAUCCUUCUCGUUUGCGGAAUGUGCACGACAGCGAUAGCGGCAGCAGCAACAGCAGUGGCGGAGAAGGCAGUGAUGAUGAUGCACUACAAGAAGGUAGUAGUGGAUUGAUGCAUCGGAUCAGACCCUCGGAGAUUGUUCAAAUAUUAAUGGAAAGAAAUAUUCAAGCCGAUUCCGAAGAGGAUGAAAAUCCUUUAAAUAUGUUUGCCGUGUUACGGAGGAGAGCCAAUUUGUUGAGGCAGCAAUCAUCGACAUCAUCGACUUCAACCAAUUCAUCAUCAAGAAGAGGAACCACUGCUUCAUCUACAACAGCAGAGCCUUCAUCCACUUCAUCAACAACUACAACACCUCAGGCAUCACACUCACCCUUUCGUGUCUUGGUGAAUCCGUCCAACAAUCCAAGAAAUCAACGACGUGAGUCUGACUUGAGAAGAAUGACCAAUGAUCGACAACGUGGUAGUGGUAAUUAUGAGGAUCAGGAGAAUGAAAGAUUCAUUUCAAGUUUUGGAAUUCAACCUCCAAGAUAUUCCCUCUUUGAAAUGUUAAUGUCUGGACAGUCGGACGCUGCUUCUCAUGAUUUGGAACAAAUUUUCGAACAUAUCAAUCUGGAAAAAGAGAAGGAAAAUAUUGAAAAAAGUAGACCGCAAAUGCAUAGAACAUUGCCUUCGACCUCACAAUUCUUCUCGCCUCUCUAUCGGUGGUGGAAUGAAGAUCAUCAUCUUGUGGAUUUUGCGCAUCACACUAGAGACGAUGGCAGUGACGUGAUUUCAAAUUCGCCACUUUCAAAACUGCACCAUAUGCGUCGAAAACCUGCUCAUCAUCAUUGGCAAUUGCGAGACUUGAUUCAUUUUAGUCAUUGGAAAUGUGAGAAUUUUGUAGGAGAGACUUUUCAGAAUUUGACACCUCACUCGAUGAGAGAUGAAGACGACGACGAUAAUGAGGACGAAUUUAUCAUGCAACUCGAUGAUGACCAAAUGAUCAUACAUGGUAGCAACUUGAUUCCUGUAGAAUUCUCUAGUCGCUCGUUACCUACCAAUUCUUCAUCUAGAAACACCCAAGAUCGAGGAUAUCUUUACUAUGUAAAUAAUAAUCAAUGCCUAAUGUAUGACAUUUCAAAGAGAAGAGCUGUUCCAAUAUCAAAACUGGGAUUUAAGCCAACUUGUAUGCAUGUUCAUAACAACAUCAUUGCACUAGGUGGAAAUGAAAGCGAGCUUUCAUUGCUAGAUAUUCAGGCAGGAAAAUUUUUGUUUAAGGACAUGUCACUGGGAGGGCAAAUCAACAAUGGUUGUCACAUUAGCCCACACUCCUCAUCGACAAGUGCCACCUCAAACAAUAUUCAAAUUUUCGUUGGAAACAAUGACAAGACCAUCAAAUCCGUAUCUGUACAUAAUCACCGAAUCGCCACCUCCUCAAUCCAAGCAAAAUCACCUGUAAAUUAUUGUUCAACCAAUUCUGACGGUUCCCUACUUGCUAGUUGUGGGGACAAUACAGAAACUGUACUCUAUGACGCCAAGACAUGUUUACCAAUUGGAACUUUUUCAGGUGGCUACGAUGAGGCAGCAUUUUCUGUGUGCUUUAGUCCUAAUCAACGAGAAAUAGCUGUGGGAUCUCAAGAAGGAACUGUUGUUGUGUGGGAUGUUCGAAAAUGUGGAUCCAAUACGCCUCCUCUCACCAAACUCAGUAUCCAUCGAAAGAAUGUUCCCAAGAAAAAUCAAAGUGUUCGUGUUGUGAAAUAUGCGACCGUGGCUGGCAAUGAUUUAUUAAUAUUUUCAGAACACAAGUUGUGUUUCCAUGUGGUGGAUGCAUCGAAAAACUAUUCAGAUCGAGAAUGCUUUUCAAUUUUCCCUCCCACCACAGCUGAAGAACGACAAAGUAUUUUCUCACUGUGGAAUUCUGAUUACACCAAUUCUGAAUUACCAGCUGGUCUUGAUGGAAGCAUUAAUGGAUUUUGUUUUUCUAAACCAAGUAGUGGUGGAAUGAUGGGAGACGAUGAGAGAAUGUUUUUGGCUGCAGGAGAUCUUGGAAUUAUUGAAACACAAUUUGAUGUCAUGAAAAGGAGAAUGGUUGCAAGUGGAUCUCUGUGUUAA